AUCCAUACUGAUGAGACGGACCAAUCGGAAGUCUCCACCUCUUCCACGCACCUCAGUAAAACUUCUACCCGUUAAAAAUGAAUUCCUUUCAUUUGGUGUAUUUAUUUGUAACCGUAUGUGUAGUAAACGGGAAAAUGAGACCACGCGGGGUCUCAAUUUCAAUGGCCUCCAAAUAUCAGCCAAACGAGCAGAAUAAAUUUCAUUGUAUCAAUGGAGUUGGAGAAAUUCCAUACGAGCACCUGAAUGACGAUUACUGUGAUUGUGAUGAUGGAACAGAUGAACCAGGGACCUCUGCAUGUUCAAAUGGGAGAUUUCACUGUACAAAUGCUGGUUACGUCCCAAAGUACAUACAGUCCUCCAGAGUCAAUGACGGAGUGUGUGACUGCUGUGAUGGGACAGAUGAAUAUGGUGGGAAAAUAGAAUGUGUCAACAACUGCAAGGAACUUGGAAAGGCACUGCGAGAAGAACAGGACCAGAAGAGAAGACUCCAUGAAGAAGGAUUUAAAAAGAGAGACGGAUUCAUCGCCGAAGUUAAAAGAAUCAUGGAGGAGAAAAAUGUAAAAAUACAGGAGCUUGAGAAAGAGAAAGCAGAGCUAGAAGUCAGAUUGAAGGAACUAGAAGCUCUAAAGGCAGAACAUGAGGGCCCAGAGAAGGAAGCCAAAGACCGCCAUGAACAGGUGUGGAAAGAACAAAAAGAAGCUAGAGAUAAGGAGAGAAGUGCACUGAGGGCCAGGGAAGCCUUUGAUGACCUAGAUUUAAAUAAAGAUGGAUUCUGUGAUAUUCUGGAGAUCAUUCCUCACCAGGAGUUUGACAUUGAUUCUAAUGGCAUUGUCAGCGAGGAGGAGGCUAAGGAACAUUUAGAAGACCAAGAAAAAGUUGACUUUAAUGAAUUUAGUUCUAAGAUAUGGGGAAACAUUCAGGGUAUUUACAAGAAGCUUGUCCCGGAGGAGGAGAAACAAGAGACCCCACCCCCUGCAGAACCUCAGGGUGAAACUGAACCACUGGUACCACCUGAAGAGCCUCAGGCCACCCCCCAUGUCACGCCCCCUCCUGACGAGGGCGAGGAUUAUGACGAUGAGGAGGGAGAGGACGAAGAAGAGUCUAAACUACUGGAAACAACCACCAGCAUGGAAAAUGUGGAAUUACCUGAAAAUGCUGAACUUUUCCCUCCAGAAGAAAAGGAAGAAGAACAUGUAGAUGAGGAAAAAAUGCCUGAAUAUGAUGAAGAAACAAAGGCCCUGAUAGCAGCUGCUGAUGAAGCCAGGAAAAAAUUCGAGGAAGCAGAUAAACGCUCAAAAGACAUUGAUGGAGAGAUUACGUCUCUGACUUCAUAUUUAAACACAGACUAUGGCAAAGAUAAAGAAUUUGCUGUUUUACGAGACCAAUGUUACGAAUAUACAGACAGAGAAUAUACAUACAAGUUAUGUCCCUUUUCUACAGCCUCUCAACGACCCAAGUCAGGAGGUCAUGAAACAAACUUAGGGCGCUGGGGAAGGUGGGAAGAUGAACAUUAUAAAACAAUGGUCUAUGACCAUGGACAAAAUUGCUGGAAUGGACCUGAUCGAUCCGUCAAGGUCCAUAUAACGUGUGGUCCUGAGCACCAACUGACUAAUGCAUACGAGCCGAGUCGCUGUGAAUAUGCUUUUGACUUUGUUACACCAUGUGCCUGUAAUCAACCUCCUCCACCCCACGAUAAAGACCCUCAUGAUGAGUUAUAGCACUCCUGACGUUUAAACUGUGAAUUCCUCUGAAAAAAAAACCCAUCAUGACUGUCUCCAAGAGAAUCAUACUGUGAUCUGUUAUAAAACACUCAAUAAUGAAAAUAUUUAACAUUUUCCUAAAUAUCAUCCAAUCAUAAUUUUUUUUUUUUUCAGAAUAAAAAAAAAAUUGAAAGUUUU